CCACUUGUCGCUCCGCCCAGCUUUAUUGACACCAGCACAAUGUUUACACCGCUGGAAGGCUGGAUGGCCGGUGUGGGAGCUCUCAGUUAUGGCAUGGGACAAGCAGUGUGUAAUAGAAGACCGUAAAGCAAUCAUGGAUAUGGACACAUCAGAUUACACCCAAUCACCCCCAGAAGCCAGUAUUGGAGGCGGAAGUACAAUAAAUAAAGGAUUGCCCCUCUCUGAGAGCUCUCAUCAGUGUCCUGAAUCUCAGGCAUCUUCUGCUGGAGAACUUUGUGGCAUUGAACAGACUGAUUCUGAAGACAAAAAAAGUGAGGCCCGGUGGUUACAGUUAUUUCAACUGGUAGAAAAGCAGUGUCAAGAGCAGAUCGAUGCCCAGCAAGAACAAUUUUCCCAUCAAUUACAGCUCAUCCGCAAGGAAAUUAAACAUCUAGCCCAGUUACAGGGAAACAGCUCUCCUCGGAACUGUAGGACAGGCGAUGCCAUCUUGACUCAAGCAAGUUCCCAAGAUGAAGAGAGGGGAGAAAGCACCAACACAGCAUUCCAUCUGUUUAGAGAACUUGAUAUCCAGAAAAGAGCCUUCAUUACACAGGAGCACUUUCAGGAGAGUACUUCCAUCAGCAGCGGCUACGGAACACUUUCUGCCUCUGAGCCAAAUGCUUGUUUAAGCGGCUGUAGUCAAAAUACCUCAGGGAAGGCCUGUCUUUCUACAAAUCCGACUUCUGUAGAAUGCAGAACUGAGUAUACCAGGCACCCUCGCUCAACUCCUUCACCUGUAGACAGUGAAAAACCUUUCAUACUGGUACCUGAUGGAAAACAUCUAACACACCUUGAGAAAUCUUCUGAAGGAAACCUGUCAGAAAGCCAUAUGAACUAUGAGAAAAAGGGUGUCAGCCAAUCUAACCAGCCAAACAGUAAACCACUGACAACAUGGGCCCAGAAGCUGAGAAAGACUCAUCAGAAAAGAUCUGUUCAAAUGGAACAAAGUUCUUCCAAACAGUCCAAUCCACACCUAGAAAGAGAUUCUGACAACACAGAUCUCUCUUCAAACAUGUUUUCCCUCAACAAUCGUGCAGAGAGUGUAAAUUCCUUAUUUUCUGCAGGAUCAGGGUUUACAUACUGGAUGUUGGAUGAGAAGGACUUGUAUCAUCCUUUGCCUGACAACCUUGAAACUGGCGUUUCCAAAUUUUUUCACUCUAAAGAGCCUGAUGAGGCAAGGAUUCCAUCUCUCACAGAUCUAUAUCAACAGAAGCAAAGAGAAUAUGCACAGCGGCCUGCCUGGGAACCACUCUCUCCUUCUGAACACACUCACCCUCCAGAGAUAUUAACUUUGGAUCCAACUCUACACAAAAAGCAUCUUCAUGGUGUUAAUCUGUGUAAUGAUGGCUACACAGCUCCUUUAACACCAGACUCUAUUUUGGAAAGUGCUCCAUACAAGCAAUAUGAUGAAGAGUCGUUGUCUGCUGCCUCUUCACUGUUGGAUUCACCAAACAGAUCUCCUCACAGCCCAGUGGCAGAUUCUGAACAGUGGAAAUCUAGUAGAUAUCGAACAAGUAGAAAUUUUAACUACCAGCUAUGUCAAGGAGAUGCUAGUGUUGAUGAAAGAAUGAACUGUACUGAGGAUGAUGCCAAUAGCUUGACUCCUUCCUCCAUACCUCAGUCACCAUUGCCAGUUGCAGAAGAGAAUUUAUCCCACCCUUCUGGUGUCCUCUCUGUGGAUCACCCUGUGAUGCUUUCUAAUAUCAGACAGAGUUUAAGAGAAAAACAUGCUCGCCACUUGGCUGACCUGCGGGACUACUAUGAGUCAGAGAUCAGUAAUCUCAAGCAGCAGCUUGUAGCCAAUAACAAAUCUACUACUACUACUACUACUACUACCUCAGAGGAGCUGAUGAAGAUGAACAGCUUGACUGAGCAGUGUGCGAAUAUGGAAGAAGCUUUGGCAGAAGCCAGCAAACGAAUUCGUAUGCUUGAGAACAAAAAUAAUGAUUUAGAAAAACAAGUGGCUGAGUGGAAAGAACGCUAUUGCAGCGCCAGCAAUACUUCAAAAGAUCUGCAAGAGCACAUUGAGGAAAUGAGGACAAGGAGCAAGGAAAAGGAAAAUGCAAUCAGCCGACUACAGUCCAGGCUCAAAGAAGUUGAAGGUUCAUUUGAAAAAGCUUUCAAACAGUCUGAUGAUAAAGAUGAACGAAUAAAGCAAGAGCACAAAAUGUUUCAAGAUCUUUUGUUGGAAUACGAAUCCCUUGGAAAGGAACAUGAAAGGGUUAAAGACACAUUAGGCAUGACAGAAAACAAGUUGUAUGAUGCACAAACUGAAGUGAAGGAGCUCAGAAGGGCAGUCAUGAAGCUGGAAACGCAGAUUAAGCAACUGGAGCAUGAAAGCAUGGGGAAACUUCGACACAUUACUGAAGGCCAGUCAUGGACAUCUAGUUCAAACAAGCAAUUGUCACACACUGCUGGUAGCUUGCAUACUGUGGAUACUGGACACUGGAAGUCGGUUAAAUCUGGAACACUGUGUACUGGUCAACCAGUUGACAAAAAAGCCAAAGAGAUUGAGAAUAAACAUGACACUUCAUAUGUGCCAAAAAGGUACCAUUCCCCACCAGAAAAGGAUGCUUUACAUGAUUAUAUGGCAGCUAAGAAAGAAGACGGUGGUACUCAGGAGAGUCCAAUUCUAAAAGCCUUAAGAGACUAUGAAGAAGAGAAGGGUCUGAAAGGAUGGAAUAAGGAAAGCUCAUUUCAAAGACUGUCCUCUAAACAUACUGUGGGAUUCAAUGACUGCUGUACUCCUCGUGCUUCUCCAGAUAAAAGUAGAGAUGGACAAAAACGCCUUAAUUCCCCAGCUGGCCCACGAUCCUCCUCACUCCCACCUUCAAUCAGGAAGACAUCCACUGUUACCACCCCAACAAAGCGUGAAUUGAUGUUAAUCCCUUUACAAGUGAAGUGCAGCCCGAAGCGUUCUCCAAGUGAGAAUCUUUCUCCGGGGUUGAGUCAGUUGUUAUGCGAUGAAGAAAACACAAUGACAAGGUUUGAUGUUGCUUGGGCAGAGUCGUCAAAAUGUAAAGAUCCAAGUCCCAGAAAGAGGCUUCAGUUUAUGUCUUUGGAAGAUUCAGGAGAAAGGCAAAAGACUGUCAUUUAUCCAGAGAGCAACACCCAGUCACAGCUCCCUCUAGUUAUACCACCAUAUGAGACUGAAAUCACAUACAACGAGAGGAUGAAAAACAUGGCCGACACAGAGAGACUGUUUGAUGAGCUAACGGAGGAGAAAAAACAGAUAGAAGCUGCUCUCAGCCGAAUGCCAAGUGUUGGUCGAAGAAUGAACCUGCAAACGAGAGUCAUGAAGGAAAACUUGGAAGAUCGCCUGGAAAAAAUUAACCGUGAUCUGGGGUCAAUCCGAAUGACGCUGAAAAAAUACCAUAUUUUACCAACGUCUGCAAAUAUUUAGUAAACUUAUAUAUCAUGUGAA